GAGAAGAAAUCAGUAGCGAAGUCUGUUUCCCUCAACACGGGUCUCUCCACGGCCAUGUCUCUGGGCCUGAGGACCAUCUCCCAUAGCGAGUCCUAUACCUGGGCCCAGAACAACAGCAGCAGCAGUAGUGGAGGAGGAGGAGGAGGAAGCCCCCCUGCUAAACCCUUCCUACCUCGGCAGAACUACGGAGGCAGUCUCAGUGCUCUCAACACACACACAGAAAACAACGCCGUGACCAAUAAGAUACAGUGUAUGACUCAGUUAUGUACACCUCCACGAAUCUCCCGGACCUUAUCGAUGGGAAGAAACCUGUCGUAUAUUGCCAACGAGAAGCGUCACAUAGAGUUGAUAGAGCUGGAGAACGAUGGCAAGGGGCUGGGCUUCGGCAUUGUAGGGGGUCGAUCCUCUGGAGUCCUGGUCAAAACCAUCCUACCAAGUGGACCUGCUGGACUGGACAAGCGUCUGCGUAGCGGGGACCACAUCCUGCGCAUCGGGGACACAGACCUGGCGGGCAUGGGCAACGAGGAAGUGGCUCACGUUCUCCGCAACGCAGGGUCAAGGGUCAAACUGCUCAUUGCUAGGGACGUCGCUGUCUCCACGGGAACCAACGACCUCACCCUCUCCUCGCCCCCACUCCCUCUCCUCGCCCAGCAACAACAGAGGGUGGCCAGGAUGGGCAACCAGCUGUGUGAUGUGGAGGAGGACUAUGAGUACAGUGUCCAGUUCUGUAAGAACAACAUGGGCCUGGGAUUCACUAUCACCAGCUCCAUGGGGGAGCAGAACUCUGGGGUGCAGGUGAAGAGCAUCGUGAAGGGCAGCGCUGUGGACCAAGCCAAUCAGAUACACAUCGGAGACAAGAUCUUAGCUGUGGAUGGUGUAAGCCUGCAGGGCUGCAGUGAGCAGAGAGCCCUGGAGGUCCUCAGGAAGACAGGCCAGAUAGUCAGACUGAGGCUGAUAAGAAGGGCCUCUAGGAUGGGUAAAACCAUGAAGUGUCCCCUGGAGCCCCUGGAGCCCUACGUCAUCACCCGUACAGAGACAGGGAAACACGACCAGACAGACCAGACUGGGGUCAUCAACAGAGGAAAACAAAUGUCUCUGUGUGAGAUGUCCAGAAGAGCCAGUAUGGUGUACUCUGAACAACGACUAGACGCCAGGACUGGAGUGAAGCUGACGGCAGCAGAGGAAGAGGAGUUGAAGAGCAGGUGGCAGGCUGCUCUGGGACCCAGAUAUCAAGUGGUUGUGUGUCAGCUAGAGAGGUUCAGUGAGACCAGUGGUCUGGGCAUCAGCAUGGAGGCCAGGGCAGGACACCACUACCUGUGCUCCGUCUUACCUGAGGGUCCCGUGGGACAGAGCAGGAAGAUACACACUGGAGACCAGAUACUGGAGGCGAAUGGUAUCCCUCUGAUAGGAGAGACUCACAGAGAGGUGAUCAGCAUUCUGAGAGAGCUGCCUCUGUGUGUUUGUAUGGUGUGCUGCCGCAUCGUACCCCCACAGCUACGGGACAGUGACCACGAUGAUGAUGAUGAAGAUGUACAGCUCCCCCUCAAAGAGCUACUGGCUGAGUUCAAUGGCAAGUCCCAGUAUGACCAGCCCUGCUGUCUACUUCCUGGUUGUAACAACAUGGAUUGUGGGAGUCGGGGUUUUAAUAAGCCUGUGUCUCCUCCUCUGGCCAUGUGGGAGAGAGACAGUCAGGUGAUAGAGCUGGUGAAGGGCGAAGAAGGCCUGGGAUUCAGCAUCCUAGACUACCAGGACCCAGAGGAUGACUCUAAGACUGUUCUGGUAAUCCGCUCCCUGGUCCCCGGUGGCGUGGCCGACUCAGAUGGACGCCUGCUGCCAGGUGACCGGCUCAUGUCCGUCAACGACGUGGACCUGGUCAGAUCAACGCUGGAGCGCGCCGUGCAUGUGCUCAAAACCACCGGCUACGGGGUCGUGCGCAUCGGUGUCGCCAAGCCGCUGCCGAUCGAGUGUUGUGUCCUGGAGUCCAUCCCAGAGUCAUCAAGGUCGUCCAGAGACGAGACCCAGUUGUUAUCGAGAGAUGAGAAGGAUACUCUCUACUCAGCUGGGAUGCUAGCCUCCUCCUCACAGCAGGCGCAUGCUAACAGCUACGGCUCACAGCAGACGAACAGCCAACCGUUCUGCACACUGAAG